UUACAUCGUCUCGUCGUCUGCGAUAUCAAACAACAAAAUCGUAAUUAGUGAUAACAGACCGCAUUGCCGCAAAAAUAAAAGUAUCCUAAUAAAUGAAAACUUUCUUUUAAAAUUCAGUAUUAUGCUGUAAAAACUUAUUCAAAGUGAAAACCUGUGUAUAAUGAUCAUUAAAUUUAGUCCCAAACUAAUUUUUACGUUCAUCUUUAGUCUGUAAAAUAAUCGACUGAUUCGUAGUUUACCUAUUCCUAGUCUCUGCAUAAAGAGUUGAUCUCAUUACAACAUUACCUAUCUUAAGCCUUUAUCGUAAUUUUCGUACAUCAUCAUACUAAAAUGAAUCGUACAAGCAUAAUGCAAAGCAAAAUUCGCGACCAAGAGAAAAACUCUAACGAAAAAGAAGAGAGCGAUGUUGAGGCCGGUGAUCGCGAUUCGGACGAUUCUGAUCAGUCAGGAUCCGGAUCUGGGUACUCUUCGGAAGGUUCUGAGAGCGAUGAAGUAACUGAAUUGGACGAAGAAGAAUGCAUGAAGAGAAGGCAGGCCUGUAUUGAGCAAAUGACUGAAUUAGAAAAACAAAUAGUCGGAUUACGUGACCAAAUAAUUAACGAACAGCUAUAUCAAAUAGAAUUAAAAUUAAACGAAAUUAAAUACGAAGAAGCUCCAGAAUAUCUACAACCUUUGGCUCAACUAGAAGAAAAUGUAAGAAUCCGUAACGAAGUUGCAGUUAUUCUGCGUCAACUGAAAUUAAAAAGUAUAGAAAAUCAGUUUGAAGCCGAAGAAGUAGCUGCCAAACAGAAUCUAGAGAAUGAAAAAGUCCUAUUGUACGAUUCCGUUGAAGAAGACUUGAAACAGAAGAUAAAGAAUUUGGAAGAGGACAAGAAUAACGUUGAUUUGAAUGCUGAUUUAUGGAUGGUAGAACGAGGUCUUUCCAAGGCUGGUAAAAUGACCAAAGAUAAAAAGCACAGUGGCCACGCUAAAGGAGGAAUUUAUCGCGAGUUUGAUUCAAAUCCACGUCGUAAACCGAUUACCGUUUCUGGGCCUUAUAUCGUUUAUAUGCUCAGGGAUUCUGAAAUAUUGGAAGACUGGACUGUAAUUAAAAAAGCAUUAUCAAGUUAUAACCGUAAACCUGACUGGUGAUAAUUACGACUCCAGGUGUUGCCAUAUUUUAGUCAUGUAUUUUUUUUUACAAAUUUCUUAGUCAUAAGAAUUCGUUUGAAGGAGCAGUUUAAAUUGAAUAAGAUUGUUGUGAUAGUAGUUUAGAUUAAAUUGAGGAUCUAAUUUGAGUCAUUUUUGUACUAUUACGAAAAUUCAAUUUCUUGCUCAAAAAUCUCGUCAAAUCUAUAAGGAAAGAGGUUUAUACGUAUUUCUUACCGCUCAAUUUACGAGUUUUUUUUCUGUCUUUUUUUUUCUUUUUUUUAAAAAUAUGUCGUUAUAAGCUAUGUUAAAACUUUCGUUUGUGUUUUAUUAUUUAGUUUGUAUACCUACUACUGUUUUUUCUUUCAUUUCCUAAAAUAUCAGUACUUGUACAUGAACAAUGGUCUUGAUUUGUAUAUUUUUCACUUUUGAUCCAUUUCCAUUUUAAUAAUCAUCUUUUUCAAAUGUCCAUCACGAAUUAGAUCAAAUUUCUAUUGCCACCCCCCACCCUCUCGAAAUUCUUUGAAGACUGGUACAAUCAUUAUUGGGUUUUUAAGCCUACUGCUUUAAUUGGUCAUAUUUAAAAACAAACUCUUUGCUGAUACAAUACUGUACUGAUACUGGUUUCAUACCUUUUGCAUGUUGUAGAUUAGACUAAGUAAUUUUUUUCCCGCAAAAAUAUAUGUUUUGAGACUGUU